UCUCCUGAUUGCCUUUUUCUCAGGAACUUUCAGCUAAGGAGACAUCAUGGCCUACCAGUCUUCCCACAUCAGUUGGAACAGUGGGACCAAGAACUUCAGUUCUUGCUCAGCUGCGGUGCCGAGGCUGGGAGCCCGGCCGAGUGUCACUACCCUCUCCUACCAAGGGGGAAGCCCUGGGGGUCUGGGCUACAGGAAACUUGGGGGCUUUAGCAGCCGGAGCUUGGGAGUUGUGGGGAAACCUCAAAUUUCUGUAGGCUAUGGACGUCCUCCACGCAGUGGGGGCAGCUUUGGCUAUCGAGUUGGGGGCCUGUGUGGACCCAGUCCUCCCUCUAUCACGACUGUUACUGUCAAUGAGAGCCUUCUGACCCCACUCAACCUGGACAUUGACCCCAAUGCCCAGUGUGUGAAGCAAGAGGAGAAAGAGCAGAUCAAGUGUCUUAACAACAAAUUUGCUGCCUUCAUUGAUAAGGUCCGGUUCUUGGAGCAGCAGAACAAGCUGCUGGAGACCAAAUGGAACUUCUACCAGAACCAACGAUGCUAUCAGAGCAACAUGGAGCCCCUGUUCAAUGGCUACAUUGAUACCCUGAAGCGGGAGCUGGAGGGCGUUGAGACAGACAGUGGACGUCUGUCCUCUGAGCUCAACCACACGCAAGAGGUGUUGGAGGGCUACAAGAAGAAGUAUGAAGAGGAGGUAGGUCUCAGAGCUACAGCUGAAAAUGAGUUUGUGGUCUUGAAGAAGGAUGUAGACGGUGCCUACGGCCGCAGGGCAGACCUGGAAGCAAAUACUGAGACCCUAGAGGACGAAAUUAGCUUCCUUCGAGCUCUGUAUGAGGAGGAGAUUCGGAUGGUCCAGUCACACAUCUCAGACACCUCGGUCGUGGUGAAGAUGGACAACAGCCGGGAGCUCAACAUGGACUCAGUUGUUGCUGAGAUCAAGGCUCAGUAUGACGACAUCGCCAGCCGUAGGCGGGCAGAGGCCGAGUCUUGGUACCAAACCAAGUGUGAGGAGAUGAAAGCCACUGUGACCCUGCAGGGAGAGAAUCUCCGGAGAACCAAGGAGGAGAUCAAUGAGCUGAACCGCAUGAUCCAGAGGCUGACCGCCGAGGUGCAGAAUGCCAAGCAGCAGCGCUGCAAGCUGGAGUCAGCGGUGUCAGAGUCAGAGCAGCAGGGCGAGGCAGCUCUGAAUGAUGCCAAGUGCAAGCUGGCGGAGCUGGAGGAGGCGCUGCAGAAAGCCAAGCAGGACAUGGCCUGCCAGCUGCGGGAGUACCAGGAGCUGAAGAACGUCAAGCUGGGGCUAGAUGUGGAAAUUGCCACCUACAGGAAGCUGCUGGAAGGAGAGGAGAGCAGGUGGGAGCAAGGUCAAGGGGCACCCAGCAAUUCUUCUCCAAGAUGGAAUCCUAGAAGGUUGUGCGAGGGUGUUGGCUCAAUCAACAUAUGUGUGAGCCGCUCCCAGGGGGGCGUGGUCUGUGGAGAGCUCCACCCUGCUGUCAUCUCUCGAGGGACAGGGUCUGUGGGUGUCAGCUCCAGUGCUGGUGGGAUCUGCUCCCCAUCGGGGGGCGUUGGCUGUGCCAGCGCUAGGUCUGUCAGGUUUGCAUAGGGAGGAGCCUGAUUUGGACCGAAGGGUCUUGAAGAAAAGGGGACUUUGACCGUUUCAGGUCAGAGCAUCUGUUUCAUAAAGCACCCCAGCUGAGGACCCUCAGUUAUCUCUCCAAUGCUAAGCACAGUGGAAAAGAGCCCUGGCUUGGGAGUCAGAGGGCCUGUCUUCAAACUCCCACCGCAGUGUUUACUACCUGUGAGACCUUGAGCAAGUUACUUAUAGCUAGCAUUUAAAUCACUUCAUCCCCUGGGGUAUUAGUUUCCUCAUCUGUAAAAGGAGGGGGUGGGAAUCAAUGGCCUUUGAGGAAACUUGAUGGAUCUGUGAUCUUUUUACCUCUCUGUUGAUUUUAUUUACUUUUGUUUAUCUUAAUCUUUGAUUGGUGUUAUUUGAUUGAAUAUUUGGUUGAUGUUAGUUGGCUCCCACAGGUAGGGACCUGGAUAGGAGGACCUUGGACAGAACACCACCUCUAAGUUUUCUUUCCUAGGUGUCUGGAAGUUGUGAAUCAUGUAAAAUGAUGCUUUCAUGCUAAACAUUCUGGUCCAUCAGUCCAGCCAUUCAGGCCCAAGAAGUUAACUGCUCUUGCUUGGGCUGGGAGGUCCAAAUCACUGCCUUUGACUAAUUGGCAGAUCAUUUGAGCAACCAAGGAUCAUCCUAUAGGUACUAGGGAAGAUACAUUCCAACCUCUACAAAGAAGAGAGCACACAGAAGGAGCGGGGCACAGUUCUUCGGAGAUCAAAUUUAGGUAGAGCAGAUCCUUUCUGGAAUUUUUGUUGAGCCUUAGACGGUGGUUGGGCAUUUGCCUGCUACUGAACUUCUCUGCUCCUCCUCCUUUUAUCCUUCCCCCCAUCUUUCGAGUAGUCUCACUCCUAACUCCAGUCACCAAUGACAUCGCCGGUCCUUGAGAUAUUCCACCCAGAAUAGCCCUUUGGGUAGAAGUGCCAGCCUGAUACAAGAGAUCACAUGGACGUACAUUCACUUUUUUCUCUAAGACCCUUUGUAGGAUCAUAGAUUCAGAGAUGAAAGAUGGCCUCAGGGGCCAUCUAGCCCAAGUGGCGGAUGCUGAGGGACAAAAAGUCACUUGGGGAAACCGAGGCUCUGAGAUAGUGAGAUAUUUUCUCAUGGUCAGGAAAUAUAACUAGGACCCAUUUCAAGGUCUGUGACUCCAUGUCUAGUGUUCAUCUCGCUAUACCAGGUUGAAGAUAUAUUUAGAAACAGUUUCUGGCCGUUGCUUCUCUAUUCACUUGUACUAAGAGGCCUCUAUGUUCAUCUCAUGGAUCAAUUUGGAAUCAAGGAUUUUAAAAAUGUUUUGCCCUUUCCCUCCUCUCCAUCACUGACAAAAUGGAAGACAUCCAACUCUAAGUAUACUGGGAGCAAUACUUUCUAUCCACAGACAAAUAUGGCAGUCACUAGGUCAUGUUGUACAUAGCAGCAGCUGCCCACGCUUGGUUCAUUUCCCUGCUUUUCGUAACCUACAGGGAAGUAGGCUGCCACCUGAUCAAUUAGUUAAUUAACUAGCAAGGGGAUGUAGUACAUAAUUUUGCCACCACAUGAUUCUACCCUGAGUCCACCCAAAUAGUUUCAUCAGAAGUUAGCUAAAUGCGGGGCAGCUAGGUGGCGCAGUGGAUAGAGCACCGGCCCUGAAGUCAGGAGGACCUGAGUUCAACUCC